AUGGGCCGAACAACCGGAAGUCGCUGAUCUGCCCCUGGCCCCGCGACCGACGGCAACGUUUCCUCUUCUUCGUUGAUCUGCCCCGGCGAUUGCCCUUCCUCUUUGUUGCUGCCCGGCAAGAGCGAUUCCUUUUCCUCGCUGAUCUACCCGGUGGCUCCUCUCCCUAUUCGCUCGGACGACAAGUCGCACGAUCGCUCUCCUCUCCCUGUCGCAGAACGUCAGCACAGAUCUGCAAUAUUCUUCCUUCCAGAUCUGUGCAUCAUCGCUACCAUCACCGAUCUGCAAGUUCUCCCCAGCGACUCAUCACUGCCACUCCCCUCACUGCCAUCGUGACAAGAAAAGCUUUCUUCAGAUCUGUGAGUUCCAGAUCUGUGCAUCACCGAAUCUUCUUCCUGCCAAGAUCAACAGUGCCUCCCUCACCGCUUUCCUGUUGCCUUACAACCGCUCCUAGCCCUCCGGCACCCUCCUCUUCUUCCAACGGCGGUGCUAAACUUGCCGCCGACGUCUUCCAGCGAAACCCAGGAUCAACUCCGGAAUUCCUGACGGCCCAUCGGCAUAUCAUUUGUCGCUGUUUUUACCCGUUUCCCGUCACCGUCUUAUGAAUGGCCGAGGACGACUGACCCUUUGCGGGGCCACAUAUGAUCCAAUCUCACUCCAGGAAAAGUCUCCUUGGAUCGUUUCUCUCUCUCUUCUUCCGCGGUCGUGGCACCACUCGCAACGUGCAGUAGAACUCUCGCGAAAAGGAUUGCUAAUUAUUGUUAUUAGUAAUUAUUUUACCGUUUGGUUGGCCGUUUCCGUGGUUUUGAGUGCAUUUUAAUAAUUAUCUGGUCAGUCAGCCGCGGUCGCCUUUAGCAAUCCCCAAACAAAUAUUAAAUCGACGAAACAAAAUAGGGAAGUCGCUGCUGCUUCCGCUGCUACUUUUCACCUUUUCUUCGCAGCGAUUUUUAUAGGUUGCCUCUUCGAUCACUUUUCUCAUCCAUUCGCUCCGCCCGCCUCCCUCCUCCCGUUUUGUGGUGGCUUGAGAGAUCAGACCCCAAGAAACCCUAGUAGCUUCGGAGUCGAGAACCCUAGAUCAUGAAGGGCAAGAAGCAAUUGAGGCAGCUCAAGCUCGACGUUACGGUGCAGGAAGCCCCGGUCGACAAGUUCCUGACCGCGAGUGGCACCUUCACAGAUGGCGAUCUGCGGCUGAAUCAGAGAGGGCUCCGGUUGAUCUCCGAAGAAACUCAAUCUAGUCGGCCACCAGAUUCUGAAGACCUGGAGUUCUCGAGGGAAGACCUUGAGGUCAUUAAAGUUAUUGGAAAGGGAAGUGGAGGUAUUGUUCAACUUGUGCGGCACAAGUGGCAUGGAACAUUUUAUGCCCUAAAGGGAAUUCAGAUGUGUAUUCAGGAGACAGUUCGUAAACAAAUUGUGCAAGAACUUAAAAUAAAUAAAGCCUCACAGUGCUCACACGUUGUUGUUUGUUACCAUUCUUUCUACCACAAUGGUGUUAUUUCUCUGGUGCUUGAGUACAUGGAUCGUGGAUCACUUGCAGAUAUUAUAAAGCAAGUCAAAACAAUUCUUGAGCCAUAUCUAGCAGUUGUCUGCAUGCAGGUUCUGAAGGGUUUAGUAUAUCUACACCAUGAAAGGCAUGUAAUUCAUAGAGAUAUAAAGCCAUCAAACUUGUUGGUAAAUCACAAAGGCGAAGUAAAGAUAACUGAUUUUGGAGUAAGUGCGGUGCUUGCCAGCUCCAUGGGCCAGCGAGAUACGUUUGUUGGCACCUAUAAUUAUAUGGCGCCUGAACGAAUCAGUGGAAGUUCAUAUGACUAUAAAAGUGAUAUUUGGAGUUUGGGCUUGGUAAUACUCGAGUGUGCAAUUGGCCAUUUUCCUUAUACAUCAACAGAACAGGAAGAAAGUUUGAGCUUUUAUGAACUUCUAGAGGCUAUUGUGGAUCAACCACCACCUUUUGCUCCACCAGAUCAAUUCUCCCCAGAGUUCUGUUCAUUCAUAUCAGCUAGCAUACAGAAGGAUCCUAAACAGCGGUUGUCAUCAUUGGAGCUUCUGUCUCAUCCAUUCAUCAAAAAAUUUGAGGACAAGGAUAUUGAUCUGGCGAUCCUUGUUGGCAGCUUAGAUCCUCCUGUAAAUUUAUCCGAGUGAUGUUUGGUUCUGUUAUGAUUCCUGCUGUAUCCGUACAAUCACAAUUUGGGUUCGAGGUCUUGCAACCCGAGUCUGGGGCCUUGCAGCUAAUUGACUUUCCUGCUUUAAUCAUGGUAUAAUUUGGCUGGCUGAGUUGCACAUGAAGAAUAUAUGUGAGUUGCCACUUGUGUACCUUCCGCUUUGAAGGUGCUAUCUAAACCCAUGCUAGGUAUCUGAAUCGUACCCAGUACCAUUGAGACUCGAGAUUCAUUGCCGAUCCAUAAAUUUGAAUUUUCUGGUCCAUGGCUGAUGAGUUGUGCAAGAGGCCAAUGGAUCUUGUCAUGCAGAGAUGAAACUUUCAUUUAGCAGCUGUUUUCUUAUUUAUCCUGGGUAAUGUACUAGACUUAUACCGUUGAGAACUCAGUGGAACAAACUCAUUGACAUUUA